UAUAGCUUGUUCUGUGCGGCUUCACUGAAUGCAGCUCCGAGUUAUCAAACUGGGCUGUAGCCUGCUGUCGGCAUAGAGGCAAAGGCUGCGCUCUCUGCUAACACGCACACAGAAACACAGGUCUGCCUGCUUUUUUAUGGGAUUAUUAUACACCUCGCACCCUGUACGAGCCCUGCGUCUGAAGGUCAGAAUAGGAACGGUUUUGGGAGCUGCAGAAUCUCUUGAGGGUCGCUUUCUUCAACCGGCGCCCGCAGCCGCCUGUCAGAAUAAGAACCACUGGCAACAAUGUGGCAUAACAACAAUACUGGAACAUGAAUAAGUGAGCAGGAAGAAGGAAAGAAAGAGCUGCGAUGGAGAGAGAGUGAAGGAAGGUCUGCUCUGGAAAGCCAAAGAAGGAAAGCGAGACCGAGACAGAGAAAGAAAAAGAGGUGAAAGUGGACAAACUGGAGAAGACAGGGUUAUAAUAACACAGUGGACAGAGAGAUGGCUUCGAACUUCAACGAUAUUGUCAAGCAAGGUUAUGUUCGGAUGAGAAGCAGAAAACUGGGGAUUUACCGCCGAUGCUGGCUGGUGUUUAAGAAAUCUUCAAGCAAGGGCCCCCGACGGCUGGAGAAAUACCCAGAUGAGAAAUCCGCCUACAUCAGGGCGUACCCCAAGGUAACAGAGAUCAGCAACGUGAAGAAUGUGACCAGGUUGCCCCGGGACACCAAGAGACAGGCAGUAGCCAUCGUCUUCACUGACGACACGUCCCGCACCUUUACCUGCGAGUCAGAGCUGGAAGCUGAGGAGUGGUAUAAGAUCCUGUCCAUUGAGUGCCUGGGAGCCAGACUCAAUGACAUCAGCCUGGGGGAGCCUGAUCUCUUAGCAGCCGGAGUGCAGUGUGAACAUACAGAGCGCUUCAACGUGUUCCUGCUGCCCUGCCCAAACCUGGAUAUAUACGGCGAGUGCAUGAUGCAGAUAACCCACGAGAACAUCUACCUCUGGGACAUUCACAACCCCCGCACCAAGCUGGUCACGUGGCCGCUCUGCUCGCUGCGGCGCUACGGCCGGGACGUCACCAGAUUCACCUUCGAGGCCGGCCGGAUGUGUGACAGUGGAGAGGGGCUCUACACAUUCCAGACCCGGGAGGGGGAGCAGAUCUACCAGCGAGUGCACUCAGCCACCCUCGCCAUCGCUGAGCAGCACAAGAGGGUCCUGCUGGAGAUGGAGAAGAACGCCAGGCUGCUGUCGAAAGGCUCGGAGCCAGGUUCCUACCCCUGCAGUCCCACUACUAUCCUGCCACGCAGCGCCUUUUGGCAGCACAUUACGGGCACCCAAAGCAGCGCAGACAUGACCAACGAUGACCUGUAUGCAGAUUCCCAGGGGGACCCUGAAGCGGACCUGCACCCGACCCGCCUGCCCCUCGAGCCCCGCAGCCCUUCAUUCAUGGGCCGCCGCCCUGGCAUGUUCCCCAGCUACCCUGGUCAGUGACGGGCCGGUCCGGUCUCCCUGCAUUCUUUCCCUCUUACCUCCUCAACUCUGCCUGGACUGGACUGCCACCCCCUACCCCACCUACUCCCCCAAAACAGAGGGAGGUGGUCCUGCAAGAGUCGGGACAGAGAGAAGGGUAGGCUUGUGCAUUUCUGCAGGACAUUCGUUCACAAAAGAGGAGCCCCCAGAAGUAACUUUAGCUUAAAAGCAGAAGCAAGAUCAAGGGACCCUCCGAGACGGAAGAAGAGAAUUCAGAUCCUCUUGGUUUGAAGAUUUCAUAAUCUGCACACGGGAUGAAGACUUGAGAAAAAGUUGAAGAAGACACACGAUUUUAAGCAUCUAGAUUCUCUCUUUUCGUUUUUGUUUUCUUGCAAAACUUUGUGUUGUUUUUUUAUUAGACACUUCCUAAAGAGCGCAUCUAUCCUUGCAUGGUCGCUGGAAAUCUGCACUUAAGUUGUUUUGAUGUUUGGAGGAAUGCUAACAAUCUUUAAGCGCCACUUGUGGUAGAGGAUUUCACCCUGCCCCUGACCUUUGAUGUCACCAGGCAGAAGAUUACUGACGAAUAGGCUGGCAGGGCUGCAGACGCACCUUCAGCUGUCGUAUUUAAGGGGAGCCUCUUAUGUUUCACGGUUGAUGUGAUUCAAUAGAUCCCAGGCAAUCUAGAGAAGGACAGCAUCAUGCGGAGCAAGCCAAGGCCAAGUGGAUUAGUAGCACAAUAUACUAUUUUUUAGCUGUUAACCUUGCAGCUAUAUGUCCUGUUAACCCCUCUGUAGUGCAGGAGUCUGUACUGCUGUUGCCUGAGAAUGCACAAUGCACCCACAUUCCUCUCGGGGCACCUGAACAAGAUUUUAGAUGUGCUGCUGGGUUACAGAAGGGUAAUCUGCUUUCUAGAAUGGACUAUUCUACUACCGAUGAUCUUGUUGCAGUGGAGCUGUGUUGAUCUCUUUAAUUCCUUUUUUUUUUUUUUUCUAACCUGGAAUGUGUCAGAACAGAAGAAAGGAACUUAAAGAGCCAUUCUAAUUGUGGAUUUUGGUUCAGAAUCCGAGCCCAGCAACAUCACAGAAGACUGUGUUCUGAACCCCUGUCUCCUUGCCCUCGCUCUUUUCUAGAUGUAAUUUUAUUGGUGACGAUUUGAAACCAGUUUGAAGAAACAGGCUUGCAUUCUGGAACAGGCGAGGGUUGUGCUUUAUCUCGGUUAUAAUUUGUGCUCCACAUUACAAGGAAGAGGAUAAUCCAGGUGUUUAAAAGACUGGUUUGGUUUGAAUUUGUAUGUUUUAUUUUGUUAUUAUAUUAUAUUAAUAUUAUUAUUUGUUAUUAUUAUUAUUUGUUGUUGUUUUUUUUUGGUUUUUUAAAACGUUAGGUCAGAUUAGAGACCUGUGUGUUCUUGAAGUAACAUUUGCACUUGGAAAGGAUUUUAAACAAUCUGUUUAGACAACUCAGGAGAAAAUUUCUUUAUAGUUUGAACAUUUUUCUUACUAAGAGUGAUAUGCACAACUCCUGCAGCCUGUAUCGGGGAGCAGAGUAAACACAUUGUGUUGUGGGCGUCAAGGGCUCAGCUUGUCCCAGCUACCUGAAUGGGAGACCUACAGACCAAAUGCUUUACUUAGGGCUAGCUAAGGUGUUCCACUUCAAGAGGUACCUGAACAAGACGAACAAAGUGUGGGAGAGGAUAACAAAAGCAAUCCCAUUCUUCAAGUGUUUUCAAUAACAUUACAAUUACAUGACAUGUACUAUUCAGUGUUGUUGAUGUAUAUUAGAUUGUGGGUUUUUUUCAAUGCAGUUUUCUGAUGCAUGUAUACUGUGUAGGAUGCCUUUUUUUAUGGAUGUUAAAGUGCGAUUAGGCGUAAGCUAGCUAUUAUUUUUAAUAGCAAUGUCACACUGACUCAUUGAUGUUUUUUUGGCUGGCAGAUUUAUGAUAGAGAGAAUGGCAAGGCAAUUUAACACAUCAGUACCGAAUCACUGUAGAAAAGAGGUGACUUAAUCCAUUGAAUGAUGCAGAUUUUAAACUAUUAGUUUCCAAAAUGCAAUCCAGCUGUGUAGCCACCCAGCAAUUUAAACAUACUUUCUGCAAUGCAGGUUACUCACACUCACUACCUGUUGCAAUUCAACUAUGCUUAUAACAUUUACAAAAAAAUCAUAUUCCACAACAUUGCACAUUUUCACGUUGUACAUUCCCAUAGUAAAUGAAAGCAGGCAUGCGAAAAGACUUGAGAAAAUUAGCUAUUUAAUUGACAGCAGGUUACAAUUCACUGAGAAAUAGAUGAUUAAGAAAUUCUGUAUAUUUACUUGACCUCUGACCCUUAUCUGUAUGCAAAGUGGAACACCUUAUUUUUAAAGGCUAGUUAAUGCUUGAUUCCAAUAAAAAAAAAAAAAUACAGUUUUGCUGUUUAUGUCACUUUCAUCUUUAAGAAGGGCUAAGCUUUUGUUGAACAGAUCUCUUCACUCUGUAAUCUUCAAAUAACCUGGGUUCUAAUUCAGCCCCCCAGGGGCGUGUGUGUGUGUAUAUAGUGCUAUCUGUUUUACCUGAUGUGUCAGUGUGCCCACUGGGGCAAGGGAACGUUCUUAUGGAUGGGUGGGGGCUAUGGAUAGCAUUCUGAUGUCUCCCUGGUAACGACUGGAAGGAAAGGAAAGGAACCUAGUAAUAAAAUUAGACAACAGUUUCAAUGAGAAGGCAUUAGGCUUGCUUCUCCAAGCUAUUUUCUCUAAAUACACAUGAGCACUUUAUGUUUUUUCAGAAAGAAAAAUCUCACCUGAUAAAGUUACCAAACAUCUCAGACAUUUAAUGAAGUGCUUUUUAAGUAGUCUUUUACUCAUUUUUCUUUUCUUUAUGAAAAAAUUGUGCAAAUGACAAUUUGGAGUAAGUAUAGUCUAGCGCAGUCUUCUCUAUGUAUAUAACAGAGUUUUUAAAGUUACUCGCUGCCCAGCCUUUUAUCCCUAUAUUUAAUUUGCUCUGCCAUCUGCACUACACUCUGCUGCCUAACCAGAGUGCUAUCCAACAGACAAACUAGACAGCAGUGUUUUUUUGUUUUUUUUUAUGAAAAGCCCAUACAAAAUGAGUUGCUUGCAUUUUUAUUAUCAUGUCAAUGCUUUCCUAGAACCCACCUGCUGUAGACAAAGAUCACUUUCUGUUUGUUCUAGAACUUCUGCCUUAAGACCGUUUUCUGUUUGUUUGUUUGUUUUUA